UUAUAAUGAGAUUGAGGUGAAGGAGGGCAGGAAGAGGGGUCACAUCGGCACGUGGAGGGCUGAUUCCCCGAGUUAUUAAACUAAGCAGAAUGCUAGAGGUGAUGACUUUCCAGUGAAACCCAAGUUGUAGACCCACCUCAAUGCUCCUUCAACCCCUUCCUUACCCCUACCAGCUGUUGCUAGCUGUCCCCAAUCCCCACCCCCAUGUGACCCACCCCCCCUCUCUCCAAAACCUCUGGGCCUUAAAAAAAUGUCCCAAAAAAUCCAUAGAGACACACACAGCGAAGAGAGAGAGAGAUAACAUAAGUUUAAGAGAGAGAGAAUUGCCAGUCAUUAUGAUGAUUAUUGUGCAUGUUGCUUCUGCUCCAUCUGCCUCUAAUUUUGCUUCUGCUGCUGCCCAUGUACUCUUGUUCAGUUCCCUUCAACAUCUCUCUCUCUCUCUCUCUCUCUCUCAUUAGUGUUUUAGUGUGUGUGUGUGUGUGUUUUCUAGGAGCCCAAGAUUUGCCCAAAGGAUCAAUUUUGCAGUUGUAAGUUGUUUGUUGGGUUGGUUGGUGUUGCCCUUUUUUAUUUAAUCUCUCUCUCUCUCUCUCUCUCUCUCUCUCUCUCUCUCUCUCUCUCAAAAGUUAACACAAACACACACAUUACCACAUAAAACACAUUUUGGGGGGUGCCCUAUAUUUGGGAGGGGGGUACACUUUGAGAAAAUGGCUCAAUUACCACCUAAAAUACCAAGCAUGGCACAAAAUUGGGCAUCCUUCCCUCACCAAAGGCUACCCACCACGGCCAAUUUCAUCCCCACCACCACUACUUCUGCCGCGGUCCAGCCACCUUCGCAACCGCAAUGUAACUGGAUCGACGAGUUCCUCGAUUUCUCCUCCGCCAGGCGUGGGGUCCACCGGAGGUCCGCGAGCGAUUCCAUAGCCUUCAUGGAGUCCCCGUUGACAUUGGAAGAAGAAUGCAGGAACCCGAGCACCGCCAUGAUGCAUCAUGGAUCCACCAACAACCUCUGCUUCGACAGGCUGGACGACGAGCAGCUCAUGUCCAUGUUCUCCGACGACAUGUCCGUCACCGUCCCUCCUACCGUGUCGUCUUCGAACCCGUCCACGCCGUCCGACCAGAACAGCAAUAACGACGAGAAUAAUAACAACAACAAUAGCAACAAGCUAUUGAUGGCUCAUCAGGAGCAGCAGCAUCAGCAGCACCCGAAAAGCGAGCCGGGAGAGGACGAAAGCUCAUGCGAGGCAGACCCUCAUGCUCAAUCUCAUCCGCCACCGCCAACCUCCCCAGCUGAUCCCAAGAGGGUCAAAAGCAGAAUUUUGGCGAACCGGCAAUCGGCUCAACGGUCUAGGGUCAGAAAGUUGCAAUACAUUUCAGAGCUUGAACGCAGCGUUACAACAUUACAGUCGGAGGUAUCAGCACUGUCUCCAAGGGUGGCAUUUCUAGACCACCAGAGGUUGAUUCUGAAUGUGGAUAAUAGUGCUUUGAAGCAAAGGAUUGCUGCUUUGGCUCAAGAUAAGCUUUUCAAAGACGCUCAUCAAGAGGCACUAAAGAAUGAAAUAGAGAGGUUAAGGCAGGUUUAUCACCACCAAAGCCUAAAGAAGAUGGGAAACCAAAACGCACAGCAGCAGCAGCAUCAGCAACAGCAGCAACCAAACCCAGAUAUCAUGGUGUGUACGGAUCACAAUGAGCAGCAAAUUCUGAAUUGAGAUGAGAUUAUAUAUAAAAAACAUGCAUAGUGGCAUAUAAUGCUAACUUUGGCCUUACAUUCACGUGAUGUGUUUCCACUUGGUAUGGCUUGUGUGGGACCCCUGACAAGGUUGUGUGAGAUUAGAGGCAUUAACAUGGACACGUGGACUACUUGGAUAGGGUGCUGAAAACAUUUUUUAUUUCAUUUUCAGUAAUCAAUUCUUUUUGUUAGGAGGUUGGCCACUUGGCUUGGUUUUCUACUUUUCUUAUUUUUCAGAUUAUUGUUUUUCAGAAUUUUUUUUUUAAAUAUUAAAUUUUUGGUGGGGAUUUUUUUUUUCCCUUGGUGGGGAGGGAGGGAUCAAAUACAUUGGAGAAGAAUUUGUCUGGGGUAGGAGUGGCCAUGUGUGAGUCUGAUUGAUGUAUCUUUUUUCUGUGCUUUUUCUUUCCCCUCUGGACUAAUAAUGCGAUAUGCCAUUUGUUUUAUGUUAUUUGAUUCUUUUGGAAAGGAAAUGUAAAAAUUUAUUUAACAUUCAAAAUGCAUCUUGAAUUGUUUGCCAAAUCUGCCAGCAUACACCUACUCUUUCAGUAAAUUCUGUAUUUAAGGGUGGGUGACAAUGGAGUGAUAUUUGUAUUGUUCCG